AUGGUCUUUCUGUGGGCGCUAUUACUUGUGCUGGUUCCAUCCCACUCAGCUGCAGAAAACCCAGAGGUGAUUUUUGCUCAGCCAGGAGGCUCAGUUACUAUUCCUAGGAGAAAAUGGGAAUCGACGGACAAAUUUUACGUCAACUGGUUCUUUGUCUCUGACCCUGACAAAGAACUACCGCUGAUUGGAAGGAACCCUCAGCAGGGCACUAAUAAAAUAGAUAAUUGGAAGGACCGAGUCUCUCUUUCCUCAGACUUCUCUCUCAUAAUUUCACCUGUCCUGAAUUCUGACUUUAAUCUCUUCAGAUGUAAACAGUAUGAACUUACAAAGGAUGACGUGAAAGAGUACAAACUCUACCGAGUGAAUAUGCCAACAACGCUAGCACUGCUGACUGGAGAAACUCUUUCUAUUUCCUUUGACUUGGAUUAUCGAGUAUCCAGAUUAGUAAAAACCUCUGUGACAUGUUACAAGCCCGAUGGCACACAAAGAGUACUACACAACAUGAUGGGACUGACAGAACACAGCAUUUCCAGCAAACACAGUGGAGUGUGGUCAUGUUUACUAAAGACAAAUGUCCAAUUAUUAAAUGCAACGACUGCUGUCACAGUUAUAGAUCUUGCACCAUCUCCAGACCCUGUCUACACUUCCAUCUCCUCUAAAUUAUCCAUCCCUUGUUUCUUGUCCUCUAAAAUCCCCUGGUCUGUGGUGAAUGCCACAGGUGUCUCGGGUGGCAACUGGAACUUCAGUCCGCUAGACCAACCCAAGUCUUCAAAGCACCUCCUCACACUGCAGGUGAAACCCUCACCAUUUUGGAAACACCUGAAUGGUACAAGAAGCUCCUUCAUGGAAAAGGAGGUGAAAGAUCAUGACCUGAGUGUACAGAUUUCCCAGGUGAAUGUAGAAGACAGGGGGACUUACACAUGCAGUCUGAAGUUUAGAACAAAAGAGCUGAGCAGGAUGGUGAAGGUGGAGGUGCUACAAGUUGUUUCUUCUGCACUUUCCUCUACACUUCAGGGUAAUACUGUAAAUCUGAGCUGCACUCUUGGUCAUGCCAUGACUCCUGACCUUGAGGUGAAAUGGACACCCCCUCGCUAUUCAUCUCUGGAUUUAUCUGGCCCCCCACCUCAUCCUGUAAAUCUGACCAUCUCUGAAGUGUCGGUGUAUGAUAGUGGGUGGUGGAAAUGUGACCUGAGAAGGAACAAUACAGUGCUUACAUCGGCUACCGUGCACCUGAUUAUCGUAAAAGCUCCGGUCAAUAUUUGGCUUGUUGUAUCGAUCGUCAGUGGCAUUUUGAUGUUCAUCUUGCUUUCUGUCAUCACUGUCAUAAUCGUCCGAAGACGCAGACAGGCGAUAAUGUAUAAACAACGUAAGACCAGAUUCUGCUGCUGUAAGAAUCCCCAGCCAAAGGGUUUCUACAGGACCUAAAUGAUGCCUCUGCUCAAGGUGCAUGAUUGGACUAAGGCAGAAAAUCUGAUUCCUCAUGUGAAAGUCAAAAAGGUGGUAGGGAAAGUGUAAAGUGUAAAUCCAUCAUGUGUUUUAAAUGCAUUCUAUAAAUAUUAGCCAUAAGAAAACCAUAAAAAAGAAACGUUGGAGAUGUACAUAGAAAAAACUGCAUGGUAUAAAUAAUAAUGUCAAACAUUUUAUGAA